ACCAAGAAAAUCGAAAACACCGACUCGAAUAACUCAGUGCUGCGGCGUUUUCCAUAACAGAAAACACCGACAUAGGAAUACCCGUCAUUUGUCCCCUCCCGAUUCCCCUUGAGAUUUCCACUCUUACCGCACCAACAGUCCACAAUUUUGCUGAUGCGUAUUAUCCUAUCUUCUUCUUAUCCAAAUUCUCUCAUCUUUCUCGCAUUUUAUCCCUUACUAAUCUAUCUCCUCUAGUAUCUUCACACCACAAUAAAUUACCCAUAAAUCAUAGAUUACCCGUUAUUUCCAGAAACCCAUUCUCCACCUUUCAUGUCCUUUUCAAUCUUUAUCUAAAAAUCUUGGGUUCAAUUUAUCUCCUUCCUCUUCUUAUUAUCUUCCUUGCCUCCCUCUUUUUUUUUUCCUUUUCCCUUGGACCUUUCUGGGUAAUCGAUUUAUCGGUUUUAUUUCUUUGUACUUUUUUUUUUUUUGGUUAAUUGAUACAGGUGUAGGUAUGGUGUUAGUUGAGGCAUUUAUGGAGAUUCUUGACAGACCCACGAUAGGUGCAGUAUUUGUAGAGAUUAUGAUGUUUCUUGGUCCAGUUUGGAUUGCAUUUCUUGUGGGUAUUACGGUGGGAUGGAUUUGGAAACCUAAAUGGGCUACCUGGAAGAAUUGUAAAUUUGAUUUUUCAGCACCUUCUUCCCCCAAUGUUUUGGUUCCUUCUACCUCCAAAGGCUUGGAAUUAAUCGAACCCCAGAACUUUCAGUCCUCUAAGGCUCCCACCCCUAGUUUUUGUUCUUAUGUGGAUGCUGGCUCAGAGAUUGAACAAUUUGACAGUGGUCCAUCGCAGCUGAAUACUUUACCAAUAUCAGAUGAAGAUUUGGAUCAGUUAUGGCAUCUUGUUGAGAGGAAAGACGGAGGCCCUCCGUGGAAACACAUGAUGGAUCAUUCUACCCCUAAUAUGAGCUAUCAAGCAUGGCAGCGUGAUCCAGAGACUGGCCCCCCUCAAUAUUGCAGCCGAACUGUCUAUGAGGACGCAACACCUGAAUUAUUGAGGGACUUCUUUUGGGAUGAUGAGUUCCGAGUGAAGUGGGACGACAUGCUUGUUCAUGCAGAAACGAUAGAAGAGUGCCCCACAACAGGAACAAUGGUAGUGCAUUGGGUUCGAAAAUUCCCAUUUUUCUGCAGCGACAGAGAAUAUAUAUUUGGUCGUCGAAUAUGGGAGUCAGGAAGGUCAUAUUAUUGUGUAACAAAGGGAGUGCCAUGUCCUACUAUUCCCAGGAAGGACAAACCAAGACGUGUUGACUUGUACUAUUCAAGUUGGUUCAUUCAAGCUGUGGAAUCAAGGAAAGGAAAUGGCCAGCUGACUGCAUGUGAGGUGCUUCUCUUCCAUUACGAAGAUAUGGGCAUCCCAUGGGAAAUCGCAAAAUUUGGGGUGAGGCAAGGUAUGUGGGGGGCUGUAAGAAAGAUUGAACGUGGGCUUCGUUCCUACCAGAAAUCAAGAGCAUCUAACGCGAAGAUCACUCACUUUGCUUUAAUGGCCCAAGUAAAUACGAAAAUUGAUCCAGAAUAUUUGAAGUCAACAGAUGGGGAUGAGGAAUCAUCAGGGACUGAACUACAGGUUUCACCUGCAAAACGUGAGGGCAGUAUAAACAUACCAAAGCUACUUAUCAUUGGCGGAGCUUUGUUUGUUGCUUGUACCCUUGACCAAGGGAUCAUACCUAAGGCACUUUUGUUUAAUUUAGCGAAAAGGUUUGGAAAUAUAGGAAAAAGAGCAAGUCCAAGGCCAUGACCGAUCAUUUCACUUGUACAAUGAUUUUGUUGUACAUAACCUAAUUUUUUUUUUCCUUUUAGUAUAGUUAGUGAUCGAUAAAAGCAAUGACUUUUACAUGUAACACAAGCAGAGUAUUAUUGAUCAAUACAAGCGCAGCACAAAUGUUAUCAUCUGUUUUACCCGA